AUGUCUCCAGUAGCUGGCACAAACGGAGGAGCAUUUGGCGGUGCUAAAACAAAGGCCGUUUUCGUGGCAAUAGUUGUCUUAUUUGCCAGAACCGCUCAGGGGGAGGAGAUCGCAUGGGAGCAUGACGUUCUGACUCAAGAGCACACGGAGCUGCUCGAUACAUGGCACAACCAUGUCAUCGAAACUGUCGAAGAAGGGUUCCGCAUGAAAGUCGGCGACCUUUGCGAUGUCAUGGCUCCGCAGCGGGAGCCUGAAGACAAGGAGACGGUGCCGCCGGCCACCUGGAUCAAACCCACACUGAAGGGGCGAGGGAACGACAAGGUCACGUUAUGGUUCGCCAACGACAAUCUCUACUUCCUCGCCUCCAAUAAUUUGACGAACCAGCUCCAUACGUCAAAAGGGUACGAUGCCAUAUUUGUCGAGCCGUUUUAUCCACUUUCCUUUGGCCCAAGCUAUAAGGACCUCAUGGGAGUACACAAAGGACCCGAUGGAAAGAACAUACCUUCCCAUAAGUUUCUAGUUGACGUUCCACUUGGGAAAGAGUCGCUGCUAGAUGCGAUUCACGUCCUCUCGUCCUACGACUCUUCUUCAACUUCAAUCCCUGUCGGCGACCUAAAAAUAGCAAUGGCCCAAAUUAUACUCAUGGGACCGGAAUCCUUACGAUUCCGUCCCGUACGCGACGCAUAUAUUCUGCAAUGGGGGAGGGGAGAAAUAUACUUGACUGAGGAGGUGACAGAUUAUUUGGUUAAGUGGUCAGAGAUUAGUAAAGUAUUGGUGUGGUGGGAAUGGGCGGGCAGGAGAGAUUUUUGGGUUCCCAAGGAGGCUGGGGAGUUGGCCGACGAACUUGACAUCGAGUCUCCGGAGGAGGCGCUCGGAUUAGUAGACUUACUACUUCGACCUGAGCCUAGAAGAAUCAGGUAG